AUGGAAAAUCAGCAUCGUUCAGUUCCUUGUUUUGUAAGACUUAUCCACAGUUCUGCAUUCUACGUAUGUUUUGGUAUUUCUUCCAUGACUCUAACCGCUGUGAGCUAAGAGCGCUUUGUGGCUGUUCGUCUAAUUGUAAGGUACAAUGCGAUGUUUUCAACGAGACGGGUUCUAAAAUUUGCUUUGGGGAUAUGGAAGGUAAAUAUAUUCUUGACUGCUCGGGAACGGGCUAAAAUAGAUAAAGCUCAGUAA